AUGGCACCGAAUGCCACAUCUGACAUGUACACGCAAUAUAAAGCAUACACCAACGAGAUCUCAACAUGGCUGGGCAAAAACGCUGACCGCUGCAACAUCACUGUGCCCGUAACCCCUGGCAAACCCAAGUCGCCGUAUCCAAUCUCUCAGAAGCAAUACAAGGUCCUGGCCACCUCAGUCGCCCAGUCUACAGAUCCGAUCAUUGUCAUAGAUACAAACAUUCUGUCAGUCAUUCGCCUGACCAUCGAACUGAGAAAGAAAGCUAUCCCGAGACUUGCCAAGAUCAACGCGAUGAGAGCCGGGAAAACAUACAACCAAUUUUCCGCCGAACAUUACCACUUUGUCAAGAUUCUGGAGGAAGUCCUGGACAUUCUGGAAUCUGUUGCAAAGGCACGUAGCGAGGCUUCCAACAGGAAGGCAAUAUCUUUCGGCGCCUUCUAUUGUGCUUUCGUAUCAGGGGACGACGACGAUUUCCUCGCGAUUUUGCCGGACACUGAGAGGGCCUCGUAUGAGUCCGGAUCUGGGUUCGAAGGAGAAGAGGCUGAGAGUGAGCUCGAAGAAGAUCAAAUUGGAUACGAGCAUGAUGAAGACGGUAUUGACCAUGAGCUUGGAGGAGACAGUGUCGGACUUGAGGCAGACGACAUCGAGUAUGAGCUGGAAGGCGACGAAUUCGAGCGACUGCUUGCCGUGUACGCUAUCAUCGAAGACGCCACCGCCGGCUAUAGAUCUUGA